AUGUCAACAAACGGCAAGACCCCGAGAAUAUUACAGUUUAUGGCUCCAGAUGAGCGUCGUCAGUUUGGAAUUGAGACUCCUUUUCAGCGUCUGGCUCCACAAAUGCAAGACAUAUUAGGGGAUGGAGGAGUGCUUAAAGAGGUCAUCCAUGCAGGAGAAGGACCACCCGUACCAAUGCAUGCUUCUGUUUCAAUUAAUUUCUCUGGUUUCAUCGAGUACACUGACGCACCAUUUGAGACAACCAACCACCUUAAAUAUCCACGAAUGAUGAAGCUUGGUAGAGAUGUCACUUUGUAUGGCCUAGAGCUUGGUCUUCUUACUAUGAAGAAAGGCGAGUUCUCCCGUUUUCUCUUCAAGCCUAAAUAUGCCUAUGGGGACUUGGGCUGUCCCCCUCAUAUCCCUCCAUGUGCCACAGUCCUCUAUGAGGUGCAAGUCCUUGAUUUCCUGGACUCAGCACAAGUGGAUGAUUUCAUGGAUUUGACUAUGGAAGAGCAGAAUACUGCCCCUUUGUCUGUUUUGCUAAAUGUGUUGGACACACAGCGGAGCUUUGGCAACCUCUGCUUCAACAAGAAACGCUAUGAAGAUGCUCGGGAGAGAUACAAGCAGGCCAUGACACUUCUGCAGAAUCGUGAACCAGAGGAUGCUGAAGAGAAGAAGUCUCUUGAGGAAAUAAAGUUGCCUUUCCUGCUUAAUCUGUCAUUCACAUACCUCAAGCUGGAGAAACCCCAGAAGGCCCUUAUCUAUGGUCAGAAAGCACUGGACAUCAACCCUCAGAACACUAAAGCACUCUUCCGCUGUGGCCAGGCCUGUUUGGAGAUGAAUGACUAUGAGAAGGCACAAGACUACCUUACACUUGCUCAGGCCAAAAAGCCGUUUGACCCUGAUAUCAACACCUUGCUGAUAAAGCUUGCUCACUGCUACAAGGACUAUUUAGACAAAGAGAAAGAGAUAUGCACCAAGAUGUUCUCAGGAUUUAAGCAAGCAGAAAAUUGAAUUUUGCAGUGUCUGUUGUGGAACUCUUCAAUGUUUCUAAAAUCCUCCCAAUUGACCACAAGUGGGCAGUAU